UCAAGCGACAACUUUGCCAUCCGGCUCAGUCGUCAACUGCUUAGCGGCCAGGACACACAUCUAGUCAGCGGAGUAAAUCAGCGCCAGCGUAAAACCAAAAUGAUACCACACAGCGAGAAUCCUUUUUCCAGCGAGGAUACUUUCGUUGAGGAGCCACAGUUCUCAGAACAUUGCGGCAAUAGUCGUUGUGGGCAGCCCCAAACUGCAUACGAGGUCUAUCACCGAAUCCUGCAACGAUUACAAGCCCAGGAACAUAAGGCAUCCACAGAAGCCAAUGAACAGGAGCUAAGGAAGCAGAUCUGGAUAGCAAGCUUCACUGGGAGGCCCUUGCAGUAUCAGUGCUAGUCGCAAAACCUUUGUUAAAGAUAUUAAAUAUAACCCCAAACCCACGGAAAUAUAACCAGAGAUAAACAGACAUUUGGUUUAAGCCUUUAUUAAUUUAAUCUUACUUUAGACAUUAUUUCACUACAGUUACAGUUAAGCUACUUACCCAUCAGAU